AUGAACGCUCCUGGCGAACUUGUCGCAACUGCCAUGGGUCUCUUGAAGGACCUACCUGAUGAGCGAUGGGGUGAAGAAGUACCACAACUGCGGGCAGUGCUGGCCGAGGAUGACGGUUCUUGGGAAUGUCAUGACGGUCGGGCUCCGCAACCAUGUGACAGUGUAUGUGGUGACGAUCGGGCUCCGCCACCAUUUGAUGAAGUAUGUGGUGACGGUCGGGCUCCGCUGCCAGUGCAUGGAAUGGCCUAUGACGGGGCUCCGCUACCUGAAGGUGAAUGUCCUGAUGGUCGGGCUUCGCAACUACAACAUGGAGGAUGUGCAGACGCUCGGGCUGGGGCACUAUGUGGUGAUCUUCCAGGCGACGGUCUUCAAGAUGAUGUGGAGUCUAUGUCACUGCCAACAAAGGUGACGGUGGAUGAUCCUCAACACGGGAUGUACCCUGGCUGGCCGGGCCGACUACCUGGUGGAGCACAGGGGCAGUUCUAUCGACCUGUCCGGGUAGAGCUCACCGUGGGAGGAGUGCCAAUGGUGGGAUACCGCCAAGGGAUCCCUGGUGUGGACUACUCCAUCGAGCUCACAAUGCGAAAAACUGAUCAACCAGAUCAACGUCCUGCAGCUGAACCACCAAUAGUGGGAAAAAUUUGUGUUACAGCGACUGGGCCGUCUUCGGCAAGUGCUGGGGCUUCAAGUGCGAGUUCAAGGGCUCCUACAACGGAAAAUCCUGGGGGUUCAACCGCAAGUUCAAGGGCUCCUGCAACAGAAAGCCAGGCAACUGCGGCCAGUGCAUCAAGUGCUCCUGCAACAGAAAAUCGGGCCAAUGCGGCCAGUGCACCAAGUGCAAAUCCAGCAUACUCCAGACUGGGAGUUGUGGCUGAAAGGGUGAUGCCUGACGGGAGUAGGGUCAUUUACAGAAACCCCAGGGAGACCUAUUACGAGAACGUCCCACCUCCAACGUCAAGUGCAUCUGCGCCCACUGAUCCGCCGACUGUUGACUCACCGGGUCCUGGUGAACCAGAGCCAGAGGCUGAGGACCUCACGGUGGAAGAAACGUCGUCUGAUGUCGAAGUGAUGGAAGUCAUGGUGCCGCACUACCUGCUGAACUUUGCCAUCAAGAUUGGGCUCAGCAUCUAUGUGAUGGAGGGCUUCAAGAUUCAAGAGAAUGUCAUGGCGGUCGGGCUUGGCAACCACCCGCUGGAAAAGAUCAUGGUGUCUGCGUAUGUCUGGACGCUCGGGCUUGGCAUCUUCAUGAUGGUGAAUGUCAUGGCUCUGGUGUAUGUCUUGACACUCGGGCUGAGCAUCUUCAAGGAUGUGUAUGUCUUGGCGCCGGUGAAUGUCCUGACAUUCGGGCUUCGCAACUAUGUAUGUGGCGACGCUUGGGCUCCGCUGCUGUGCUGUGCGACCUGCCACCUUUGGGCUCCGCGACCAUCUCUUGGGCUUGCUCCGCGACCAUCUCUUGGGAUGACUACCGAUGGUUGGGCUUGUGAUGGUGAUGAAUGCGGUGGAGGAGGUAGCGAUGAUCGGUACGAUGAUCAGUACGAUGAAAAGUACGAUGAUGUGGGGCUACUUCAUGGACGAGCUCUACAACCUCUUUGUGGUGAAGCCUUGCUGGGCUUCAAUGGUGCUGCAAGGGACACGCCUGGUCCCGAGGGAGCUGAAACGCUGGAGGAGAUCUAUGGCUGUGAUUGGGCCGCUCUACUUCCUGGACAUCAAGGACCAGCUGCUCUUCUUGGCCGUGGGCAUCUGCCCUCUUGCAUGCGGCCUGUCUGGCCAAUUUUGAAUGAGGAUCACAUCUGUGAGGAUGUUCAACUGUUUUUGGGCUUUUCUCAUCCUCAUGCAGAUCCUUGUAGCUGUGUAGCUAAUGCGAAUGGUAGUGAAAAAAGGGCUGUGCCCUACAAUGUGAAGCCUCAAGGGGUUUCGGAGCUGAUUGGUGCCAAGGAGAACUCCGACAGUUCUCAAAUCAACAGCCUGACUGGCGAUCAAAUCUCCAGGCAUCAAUCGGGUCCAGUAGGACCAAAAAAUGACGAGUUUUUGCAGGGUUCGGGUGCCCAGCUGAAGAUCCAAGUCCGUAGUGUGAACACUAGCCUUGAAGGGUCAAAAUCUUCAGCUGGCGCUGAGAGCCAAGUAGCCGUAGCACCGGUGGAAGGCAUGUCUGCCUACGGUGGUAGUUGUAGUGGUAGUUUUGUAGCUGCCAUGCUCUUCGCUCUGCCGACGUUGGUGACGGGACAGCCUGGUGAUGGUGGUCGCCGUGACCAAGACGGAGACUUUGGGGCAUUCCUGUUCUUCUUCGUGCUGCUGGCGGGCUACACUGCGAUGGUGAUUUUGGGAGUGCUGGCAUGCGUCUGGUGCCAACAGCUCCAUGGAGAAAGACGACAGGUUGGAGGGAAGGGCGCUGGCAAAGUGCGCAACUACUCCAAUCGAGAAAUGAAUGAAUUGUAUGGGAACGACGUGGCCAACAUCCAAUACAGCGAUGAGGAGGCGAUGCCGACUCCAAGACUGAGGAGAAGGAGGACCACUGGGAGCUCUUCACGGGGUUCUGGUGAUGGUCGAACUACGUCGCCGGCCUUCUCGGAAGCGGACUACGUGCCUACGCCAAGUACUCCUGACCACUGGGUGCCGAUGAGCACGCGCAUCCAAGAGCGACGUGAUCGAGCUGAAGAUGCACUACAUGGUGGAAAGGGGAAGGGAAAAGAAAAAGGAAAAGGAAGGGGGGGAAGAGAGAUCUUCCGGCCUGGCCAAGGGGCGCGACUUCGCCCGGCUACGCCCUCUCCUUCGGUCUGCCUGGCCGAGGAGAGCCAAGAAGAGACUUCAGUGGCCUCCACGCCGGGGACUGCUGACGUCACGCCUGAUGAGGAGGAGGAGGAGGUCGACCCGGCCAUUCCGUUCCCUCAUGGAGCGAAAGCACCUCCGGCAGCCUGGAUGCAAGGACAACGUCCACCAGGGCGGCCGCAAGCUUUCCCGCAACAGCAGGGCCUACAAGGGCCUCAAGCGAUGCAGCAGGGGCCAAUUGGGCCUCAGCCACAACAUGAACUUCAAGGAGCUGAAGGGGCGACGCCAAAAGCCGCUCCGGCUACAGAAGGGGCGACACCAAAAGCCGCUCCGGCUGCGGGCAGCACGGCAUCACAGGCCGUUUAUGCUGCUGCUGCUGCCGACGAUGAACCUCGUGGGGGCGACCAGGCAGAGCCAGCUGGCGAGCCAGGUUUGCCAGAUGAUGGGCCACGGCGGGGUGAGUCAGACGAAGUACCCCGGCCGACCAUCUUCACAGCCGCUUUUGGCACGGUCUAUCACGUGAGGCCGAGCUGCGGAAAAUUGAAAUGCGCCUCGCGCAUCUACAGGCAUGAAGCCUUCACGCCUUGUCCCUGUGGACCGCUACAGCGUGGUGGGAUGGUCUACAUCCUGGAUAACAAGUACCACACGGUGAAUCAUAGCAGAUUCCCAAUGUCAAGGAGGCCAUGUACUGAGUGCGCCGGCUGA